UCCCAAGAUGGCGUCCCUGCUGCCAGAGACUGUGUUCGAAGCCGGCGGACAAGGCCCGGCGCCGAGUAAAGACUACUACCAACUGCAGAUCACCCGGUCCCAGGUCAUCUUUAGAUGGUGGAGGAUCUCCCUGAGGAAUGACCACCGUAUGAACAGACCUGGAGUAACUAAAGAGAGCUAUGAAGACUUCUUGGACGACGUGAAUCUUCAUGUUCAAAUUGCCUUAGUAUUCGGUUCCAAAAUCCUGCAAUAUGUCACCAAUCUGUGCAAAGGGAAAUACGAUUUCCUCGAGCGGCUCUCUGACACUCUGCUCCUGCGCAUCAUUUCUUACCUGGAUCUUGAAGACAUUGCCAGGCUGUCUCAAACAUCUCACAGAUUUGAAAAGCUUUGCACCUCCGACAAACUGUGGGAGCAGAUUGUGGCCUUGACAUGUGACACUGUCACCCAAGACAUGAAAGCCCUGGCGAAGGACAUUGGCUGGAGACAACUGUUCUUUACCAACAAACUUCAACUUCAGCGGCAGAUCCGGAAGAGGAGGCAAAAAAAAGAUGAUUAGAAGGAGGUGCCAUUGGAGAUCUAGGCAUCCCUGGGGCCCUGCCCCCACUUCCCCUACCCACCCACCUCCCUCUCUCAUGGUUGACUGGGGUUUCAUCAUUUUUUCAUUCUUUGGGACAUUCUUGAUUUGAAAACAAUGCAUGGGGAUUUUUUUUCCUUUGUUGAUCAGAGAAGUUAUAAGAAGGUGUUGAGUUUCCAAACAGAAACCUAAUCAAAAUUUGUUAGAUGCUACCUAGCAGUACCAUGGAGUCAGUCAGUCUGUGGAUUGAAUCAUGACUUCUGACUGCACAGUAAACAUCAGCCAUCCCCAUCUCUUUCACCCCAUGGCAGAAAGUCUCUGAAUGACUCUUUCCAUGCCAUUAGCAUAAUGUGGUUCUAGUAAGCAUAAAUGAGUGCUCCAUUUGAUAAGCCUUUUAGAAAUAAUUCAUAAGAUGACUUUUGGUAGCAUGGGAAGCAUCAUUGGCCAUUCUGAAUUUUCCUCCUUGCUCUUGAAGCCUGUCUUUGUGGGAAAUGCUAACUGUUAAGUGGAAGCUAAAAUAAACAUCAUGGAGGCUCAGCUUUCCUCCCCCAAACCAGUGCCGCUUCUACACGUGUAUCCAUGCUUGGCAUGAUGAUAGUUGUGCCCUUGGGACUCUGAUCUGGAGGUGGAUAAGUGAGCUGAUAUGUCUGUACACCAGAAGCACUCAUUGAAUUGUCCUCAGACUGAUAGGUAGUUGCUUCCCUAUGUCACCUUGGAUGAUGUAAAGUACUCUGAUGGUCACUUGGAAUGUCUGUCUAUGAGUGUGGAGGAGUGUGUAAGCAAGGAGAGAGGCAUAACUCUGAAAGAUAGCAAGCCAGUUUUUGGCGGGACAUGGGACAAAGUGGGAUCUGCCUUUAGACCAAAACAAUAACAUAAAUAUACUGUGUAAACAUUUAAAUGAUUCAAAAUGUCAACAUCCAAUUAUAAAUACAGACAGAACCAACUAUCCAUUGAAAUGUUAACAGCAAAAGGUUUCAUUUGUAGUAUUUCCUCUUCUAAAUAGCAAUUGCAAGGUAUUGUCAUGCAUAACAACGAUAAACCUACUAUGUAGAAAAUGUAAAAGUGUGCAAAAUCACUCUGAAAAGACAAAAAUGAAGAUAUCUGUCUAGUUUUUAAAUACAUUCAAUUUUCUUCUUUACUAA